UUGGGUAUAGAUCUGCAGGAUCACCCACCCUGGUAUGUAUGUGUGUGCGUGCUGCUCUCGCUCCCUCGCUCCCUCGCUCUGUCUUUCGGGGCAACGUGCUCUUGUUGGCGUCGUCGUCCUUGCGUUUCUUCUCUUCGCGGAUGCUCAACUUGUGGUUAUGGCCACCCCUGCCGUCGACCGUGUGCGCUCUGUCAUUCGGUCUCUGGCUUCCAAGACCAACGACUUGCUCCAAGACUUUGAUGGCACUAUUUUGUACGCCAAGCUCGUCGCUGAAGACCUCGAGAAGGACCAUCACGCCCCUUCCGUCAAAGAGUUGGAGGAAGCUACGUUGGAUAUCAUCACGAUUUCGAAUAAACUCCGCAAUCACAGCAAAGCCCUAGAAACGUUAAGUAUGACAUAUGCACCGUCCAUUGAGGUGACGGACUUUAAGAAACUGCUGAAGAAUUAUGUGAAGGAACUAGAUGAGGAAUCUCCUUUCGACUCAGAGAAACAUCCAUUUAUCAAGCAGUUUAGAGAAGCCGUCUGGAAAGUACAUCAUGCAGGAGAGCCAAUGCCCGGGCAGGAACAAGAAGAAAUUGUUGUUAUGGCUGGCUCUCAAGCUCUUCCAAAUACGUCGUGCCCAUUAAGUGGAAAACCUGUGGAGCAACUUGAGGACCCUGUUCGCAGUCAACGGUGCAGACACAUAUAUGAUCGUGACGCUGUUUUAAACUACGUAAGGAGCCAUGCAAUGCGCAAUAGGAGGCACAAAAACUCAAACCCCUGCAAAUGCGCUGCAGCUGGUUGCCCUGGUAUCUUGGUUGAGGAGCAGUUAGUUUGUGAUUCGUCGUUAAAGAUAGAAAUCAGAGAGUACGUACUGCGGCAACAAUCCAGCAAUAUUGAUACGGUGGCUGAUUGCACCUAUCUUGAGGAAGAUGAUGAUACUCCGUUGAAAUCACAUGCGCCUCGCUAGGCUGUCAAGGUUGUGAAUUUUCUUGAUCGUGUUGAAUCCACUAUACUUUUGCUUGGAGGAUAGCAUCGCACAUCUUCCUGAUUUAUCUAUGGCUUGCAAGGCCGAACCAGUCUUCAGAAACACAUACAAGAAGAGCCGUUGUGUUCCAAUCAUUCAAACCCCUCAGCUCUACAGCAAUCAGUGAAAGGUUUCUCAAGUGUACAAACUUAGCAUUGUGAAUAACCGAUUUAUGGCUCUCAUUAGGGACCCCGCUAAAUUGAUGACACUGUUCAGCACAGGACAUAUCUGUGAUGUGUUCCAAUAUUAUGAAAACUUUAGGGUGCUCAUCUCAUUGGAAGCAAUAUACGUAAUGUCACUUUGCAAGUUGACAGAACAUUAAUAUUGCUGUAGAGGUCAUACCGGACGUGGAGUGUACUGAAUCUAGAGUCCUUUGCAGAGUUUUGCAUUAGGGUAUGAACUCUAGCUCAAACAGACCAUUGUUUCUGACAUCCAAUUACGAAUUUUUAACAAUAAGGAUUGGCUCAUUUUCAAUAUUUAA